CUCACACGUGCAGAAAGGUUUCUUCUUAACAAUUCCUUUCUUGUUUCAUUGAAAUAUUCUUCAAUUACUGUUUCUAGCUAUUGUUUGAAUUGGAUAUGUGAAUAAAUUAGAUGUUCCAUCAAGCUUUUGAUAUUUCUAUAAAUUGUAUUUUACAAUGCUCAGCUGAGUUUGGUCUUUUUCGUCGUUAUUAGGUGUGUCUGCCCAUGAAAGAUGCAAUGGACGGUGAUGCAGUUCACUGGUAUUUAGCAGUCAUUAUGCUGGACGACAAACAAGUCCAUCUAUUGGAUUCGUAUCCUUCUAAAAAGCGCCAAAGAUCUCGUAGAAACGCAGUAGUAACUAUGAUCGAAUCUCUUGAUGGCUUGUUUGAGGAUCUUUAUCGGCAAGUGGAACCAACACUUGAUCCACCUAUGCUGGAACAAUUUUCUUUGACAAUUGCUUCAAUUCCCAAACAACGUCACGAGUAAGAAUUGUUCGUUGUGAAUAAAUUAGAAACAUACUU